UGCCAAGCCCUUCCUCAUGAUCCCAGACCUGAUGCCACGUAUCUGUUACUCAUUACAGUGCCUUUCCCUCUGAUCUUCUUAUAAAGGCCGGGUCUUUUCUGACUUGACCAACCAUCGCAGAUACCUGCAGAACAGUCAAGGACAUGAUGCUGUCAUCCAUGGCCCUCCCCAGCGUGUCCUGGAUGCUGAUCUCCUGCCUGAUGCUUCUAUCUCAGGUGCAAGGUCAAGACCCUGAGAACAAACUUGACUCUCCGAGGAGAAAUUGUCCUGCAGGCUCCUAUGCUUAUCGCUUCCACUGUUAUGCCUUGUUUACGACGCCAAAAUCCUGGACAGAAGCUGAUAUUGCCUGCCAGAAGCGACCCUCAGGAAACCUUGUGUCUGUACUCAGUGCGGGUGAGGCAUCCUUCCUGGCCUCUCUUGUCAAGAACAAUUUGAAGGGCCAAUCAAACGUCUGGAUUGGGCUCCAUGACCCCACACAGGGCUAUCAGCCGAAUGCCGGUGGAUGGGAGUGGAGUAGUAAUGAUGUGCUGAAUUACGAAGCCUGGGAGAGAAAUCCUUGCACCAUCUCAAACCCUGGCUACUGUGGGAGCCUGUCAGGAAGCUCAGGAUAUCUGAAAUGGAAAGAUUAUCAAUGUCGUGAGAAGUUACCCUAUAUCUGCAAGUUCGAGAACUAGAUGGGGUGAGAGUGAGCGACCAGAAUUUGGGAUGCAGCUCAUUGUCAACAUGGGACCAAGUGAGAAGACCCACCCAGCAAGGGAAUAUUCUCCCCGCAACCUCGAACCUGAUCUCUUAUUUCUGAUUUACCCUCAUCCUCACUCUCAUUUCAGGCUUUUUGUGUUUCAUUGCCUGAGGACUCAAAGAGUAAUAAUAAAUAUUUUA